CCGCCUCCGCAGUAGACAACGCCAUGGAUGUCCCCAGUGUGGGUACCCGGGGCGAGGCUCCCUGGAAGAAGAUGUCUGCAGAGGAAUUGGAGAAUCAAUACUCCCCCAGCAAAUGGGUCAUCCAAAUGAGACCAGAGGAAGCCUUGGAGACCUACCUCCAGAUAGGAAUUGAGGGUACUGGUGCGUUUUCCCAGGGUGUGGGGCUUUCAGUGAGCACAGUGAAGCUCUGCAUGGACAGAACGUCUGGUACAUGGUGCGUCCAGGUCACAGGGGAACCAGCACAGUGGCCAAGUUGGCUUGGACUGUCCUGCUCUGUCUCUUUCUGCAGUAAAGAUGAAUCUGCCUUCAUGGUGGAGGUCCUGACAGCACAAGGAGUGGCAGUGGUGAUUGUGGGUUAUGACAUUGCUCCCAGAGGCACCCUGGACCAGAUGGUAGAUCAGGUGACACGGAGUGUGGCGUUUGUGCAGAGGCAGCAUCCAAGAAAUGAGGGAAUUUACCUGUGUGGACACUCAGCUGGGGCCCACCUGACUGCCAUGAUGCUCCUGGCCAACUGGACCAAGUUUGGAGUCACACCCAACCUCAAAGGCUUCUUCCUGCUGAGUGGGAUCUACGACCUGGAGCCCAUCGUGUUUACCUCGAAUAAUGCCCUUCUGCACUUAACACUGGAGGAUGCCCAGAGGAACAGCCCCCAGCUGCUGGUGGCUCUGACACAGCCGGCAGACCCUACCUGCCACGUGCAGGUGAUCGUGGGCCAGCAUGACUCCCCGGAGUUCCAGCGCCAGUCCAGGGAGUUUUAUCAGGCCCUGUGCCGAGGAGGGUGGAAAGCCUCUUUUGAAGAACUCUACAAUGUGGACCACUUUGAAAUCAUCGAGAAUCUGACCCAGAAGGAUGAUGUGCUCACGCAGAUUAUUUUGAAAACAAUCUUUCAGAAGUUCUGAGGACACCUGGACCCCAGCCCGCGUGUGCCCCAACUCCUGGUACCUACUCAAAGGGGCUUCAGAGCACAGCUGGUGGCUUCCCCCAGUGCCCAACCCCGCCUGGUGGGCCUGCCUGCCCAGGCAAGAGUCCCUUUUCCCAGCUUGGCGCCUGUGGCUCAAGUGGCUAAGGCGCCAGCCACAUACACCUAAGGUGGCGGGUUUGAAUCCAACCCGGGCCCGCCAAACAACAAUGACAG